UGCUUGGCUUGAAUAAUAUGCAAGACAAAUCAUGUUACUGGAGAACAAUGCAAGAUAUGCUCAACGAUCCACAGGAUCAUAAAAAAAGAGGAUUAGAGGAUUUGAUAGAGAUUGUGGCUGAUCCUUGCUUAAAGAUCACUCAGGUUCAGAAGCACAUGAUUUGCGAGGUGUCAAAUUGGGAGACGGCUUGUCUCUGCUGUCCAACCGUGAUUUUUAUAAAAUUUAAUUAUUUUUUAUGUUAAAUUAAUUCAAAAAUAAAAUUUUAAAAAUAAUAAUAAUAAAUAUUUUUUUAAUAUAUUGUAAAAAAUAUUUUGAAAGAUUGUUUUUUAAAAAAACUUUAUUUUUUAAAGAUAAUUUUGACCAGACUGUUUAUCAGGAAUUAACAGCUAUUGCCAUGUUUAUGGACAGGUCGCCACGGGCAUCGCUGAACCCUCUCCAGUGCAACCGAUCCAACGGCAGGAAACUAAUAAUCCGUUGAUCCCACGAAUUCUGGUCGUUACUGGUAAAAAGUUAACGUGAUUUACCAAUUUGAUUUAUCAUGGAAGGAAUCGGCAGUUCGCCACUACUGUAUAAUGGAUCCAACUCUCUGAGUCAUUAAGAAACAUAAAGAACCUAAAAUGUUGACCAUCAAAAUGCACGUGCGUGCCCCUUCCCGAGAAACCCUGCCAGUGUUUUAUGGUAAAAUGAAGGUUCGGAUAACCAUCAUCUUCGUGCCAAGCUUCAACAAGAAUGAAUCGUCUCAGCCUUUCCAUACCGCUACUGCUGCUAUCCAUAUUUUGCUUUUCAGGCACAGUGGAACCGGCAAGGUUUGCCAGACAUUCCCGGCCUCGGGCCUAUAUCGAGACUGCGUGCACGAAGACCCUUUAUCCAUCCCUAUGCACCCAAUACCUAUCAGUCUUUGCAAACUCAACAAUACAAACCCCUCAACAACUAGCCCAAGCUGCCUUAUCCGUGAGCCUAUACAAGGCCCUCCAAACAAGAACAUUCAUGUUGAAAGUGGUCAAGGAGCUCAAGGCAAUGAAAUCUAAGGAUUACCAGGCUGUGAAGGACUGCUUGGAUCAAAUUGGUGAUAGCGUGGAUCAACUUAGCCAAUCAGUUAGAGAGCUCCAUCGCUUGGAACAUCCAGGUGCUGCGGGUGGCGGUGACGUCUUUUGGCACGUAAGUAAUUUCGAGACCUGGGUAAGCUCUGCCAUGACUGAUGCCAGUACUUGUGUGGAUGAGUUACCGGGGAAGGAUAUGAACAAGUUAAAGGCUGUAAUCAAGGCCAAGGUUUUGAAUGUGGCACAGACUGCUAGCAAUGCACUAGCCUUGUUUCAGCGGUACGCUGCAAAGCACAAGCCAUAAGGCUACAUGUAAACCUUGCUUGUGUUUCUGAAUCAAACUUUGCAGUUCAAGAUUUCUUACUGUGUACUGGUUUUGAGGUUCUGUCAGUUUCCUGUACAAUUGUAUACAAAGUGAACAAAGCACCUUUAAGAAUCAGUAAUAACUGAAUAGUAAUCUCAUCCUUUUGCGUAA